GUGUUGUUCAACGAGCAGCAGUCGCAGUACGUGAAACUGGACGUGGUGACCAAUGGCCCUCGGCCCCAGACGCUGCAGUGCAUGGAGGGCUACGGGACCACCCCCUCGGCGGGGCCGCACUCGUUCCACUUUGUGAAACCGUGCCAGGUGUCCGGCCUCCUGCGGCUGGAGAAAAACACAGAGCUGAAAGCCGUUACGGGCUCGUCCUUCAGUCUCCAUCCUGUAGCCAAUCACGUCUUCAGCAUCUUCAAAGUCAACUGAAGCGCUGCUCAUCUGAUCUUCUUUGGAACGUAUUCAUAAACUUAUCAGAAGUACAUCAGAAGAGGUUUUUUUCUUGACCUACGUGGCAAAACUGUCAUAAGGAAUCACAAAAUGCUGCAGCUUUUUUCCCCCCUAACAUUCCCCACAUAUGUUCAUUUGAAAAACAAACCUGAUAUUUGUGGGAGUUGUUGUGGAGUUUGUCUCUGGACUGCCGGGCCGCUUCGGAAUGUAGUUUUGGAUUUAAACCAAGACCCACAGUGCCUUGAUGAAUUUCUGCCGAGAGAACAGAUGUGAUGGGAGCUGCCAUGUAGAUUAAAGAGCUUCACAGAAAAAGACAUUUCCUUGGAUUUUAGCCUUUGUAUAAUGUGCCUACACUCUUUUUAUAUAUAUAUAUAAAACUGACAGUUAAAGCUGUGCACCUUCCACUUCCACAGCUGAGAGCGUCUAUACAAAUAUACUCCAGUCGAUUAGCCUAUAUAAACAAUGCUGUGUCUUUGUAUGAAAUUUACCAAAUCAACAACUUUGUACUGAUUUUAUAACUUUAACAAUGCAAUUUGUGUACAUGAAUUUACUUCAAACUCUCUUUUAUUAUAUACAYUUUUGUAUAUAAGUUGAACAUUUUGCUGAAUGUGCAUCUAGUCAUGAGCUGGCAGAGAGAGGGGAGCAUUUUAAGUAACUUGGAUGUGAAUUUAUUCCCUUUUUCUACGGUCAAAUGAUUGUAUAGUUUMAAUGAUGAGGUGCAAGGUAUUGUAAGCAAAAUAUAAAACUUUAAAUUUACCAUUGUUUGCUUUAAAAAGAUUUAUUUUUGGUUUUAUUACGGCUAACCUAACAUCUAAUACCUACUAUUGUACAAGACUUGUACAAAACUUGACAUCAUCAUCAAUUUUACGCAGUAUUUCAGUAAAUGGUGUUAAAACA